AUGCGUGGUCACAAAUCUGGUCUUUCCAUUUCGGUCCUCCUGUGUCUUCCCAGUAUUCUUUUUGCCGCAACACUCCCCGAGAUUCCUGUUCGCCACUGUCCCAUCCAGGCCCCAUCCUCAGCACUCCGAUUUGCCCAUUCAUUCCUUUCAUGGGCCGAACCUCUCGACAACGAUCUUCAAAACGCUACCACUGUCGAAGCGAGAAUAUCCCCGAACGUGAAGACAAAACGCCAAGCAGUUAUGCCCCUGUACACAAUUGAUACCUACAUGCACAUCAUCGCUGAUAGUGCCUCUGCUUCUCCCUCAUCUUCGGCCUAUGUGACCGACCUUCAGAUCCGUGCUCAAUUUGAAUACCUUGCCAGGGCAUAUACUGAUGCCUCCAUUGGUUUCCGCCUUAUUGGCUAUUCCCGCCGCACGAAUGACACCUGGGCCCGCAACGGUGAUGACUUUGGCAUGAAGACUGCUCUUCGCCGAGGUGGAUACUCGACCCUCAACAUAUACUAUCAAUCUCGGCUUCAAUCUGCGCCAGGCACCCCAGGAAUCCCCGCUGGAUCCAUCCUAUUGGGAUAUUGCUCCCUCCCGGCGGCAGGUGUUGGGGCGAGAACGCCUGCUGCAGCAUACGUGCUUGAUGGUUGUAAUAUUCUGAGCGGUACGAUGCCUGGGGGUAGUGUCUUUGGGUACAAUCGGGGAGGGUCAACGGUGCAUGAGGUCGGGCAUUGGAAUGGGCUGUUGCAUACGUUCCAAGGAAAUAGUUGCGGAACUCGUGAUUAUGGAGACUAUGUUGCAGACACGCCACAAGAGGCGACAAGCACGAAUGGGUGCCCGGCCAUGAAGGACAGUUGUCCGUAUUCGGGGGUUGCACCUGGCUAUGAUGGAUCAGAUGGUGCCGCGAACCCUUACGGCGCGCAAGGCUACUCCGGCCCAGAUCCCAUCAGCAACUUCAUGGAUUACUCGAACGAUGCGUGUUAUACUGGAUUUACACCUGGACAAGGGGCGAGGAUGUUGAAUAUCUGGCAGAUAUACCGGGAAGGCCGGUGA